CAGCCAGCCGGGGGAGGUGGGAGGGAGCCUCGGACCCAGGUGCUCAGGUUACGGCUGCUGCUGCUGGCACUCAGUCCCAGACGCUGCAGAGGCUGUGUGCUCCACAGAUGAGUCACACGCCUGGGUGCCCAGUGGCGGGGAGCAUGGAAUUUGAACUCUCCUGAGCCGCUGGAGGGGAGCCCUGCCCUGCUCCCGGCCGGGCCGAGCCCCAUGGCUAGCCAAGGAGGCGGCGGGAGCCCCGGCAAGCCCCAGGGCUGGGGAGGCCAGCCCCCUCUGCAGGCCUCUGCAAACCCACUGAUGAGUGAUUUUGUGUCUGAUUGGUCUCCCAUGCAUGAUGCUGCUGUUAAUGGACGUCUCCUUUCUCUAAGGAUGCUCAUCAGUCAGGGAUAUGGUGUAAACCUCAUUACAGCUGAUCGAGUGUCUCCACUUCAUGAAGCUUGCCUAGGGGGCCACUCGACUUGUGCCGGUGUUCUGUUGAAGCACGGGGCUCAGGUGGAUGGAGUGACUGUUGAUUGGCACACGCCUCUGUAUAACGCCUGUGUUAGUGGAAGCCAGGACUGUGUGAACUUACUGUUAGAACAUGGAGCAAGUCCCCAUGCUGUGUGUGAUCUUGCAUCUCCCAUCCAUGAAGCUGCCAAAAGAGGUCACCUGGGGUGUAUGGAAUCCCUUGUAUCUCAUGGAGCAAAUAUAAAUGAAAAUAUCAGACACCUUGGCACUCCACUUUAUGUGGCUUGUGAAAACCAGCAGAUAGCCUGUGCCAAGAGGCUACUUGAAUCAGGAGCGAAUGCGAAUGAAGGCAAAGAGCUGGAUUCUCCUCUUCACGUGGCAGCCAGGAACUCUAGUUUGGACCUGGUUCAUUUGCUGAUAGACUUUGGAGCAGUGCCACACUCAAAGAAUGCGGAAGGCAAACGGCCGGUCGAUUUGGUUUCCCCGAAUAGCACACUAGCACAAGUGUUCUCCCAGAAAGAAGAUUACCUCUACUCCGUGAGACAUCUUUUAUAGCAAAGCAAAACAAUUAAGUAAAACCAAUAGAGUGACCUCAUCUGAAAGUGCAUGUAACAUUUCACAUCUGCAGCCUCCCUCUCCAUCUAUUUUUUUUCUUUCUAAUGAAUGGAAAUCUAUUUGUUUCCCCUCCUCCAUGCUAUUGGGAGAAAAAGAGAAAACAAAUUCCUUGUUACAAAUGUAUAUGGUCAAGCAAAACAAAUUCCUUCAAUGGUUGUGUACAAAAAUAUAUGUCUUAUUCUGCCUCCUAAAUCCACCACCUCUCUGUUAAUAGAUAAAAAGUUUCAUCAUCAGGUCUCUGGAAUCUUGAACAAUCUUUGUAUCGAUAGAAUUUCUACACCUUUCAAAGUUGUAUAUUUUUACAGUGUUUUAUUGCAUAAAUUAUUCUCCUGGUUCUGCUCAUUUCACUCUUCAUCAGUUUAUAAAAGUCCUCAAAAUUGCUCAUUUUUAUAAUAUCGAUGUUAUACAGGGCGUCCCUAAAGUCUGGGCCCAUAGGAAAUGUUAUUAACAUCUCAUUAACCAUUUCACUGAAGACUCUGUGUUGUUCAGCAACUUCUUUUUCUGGAGUACGCUAAAGGAGAAGGUGUACUCGAUGAAAAUCAUAGGUGCAACACACUCGAUUGAAUGUGUAAGUGCAUAAAGAGUGAAAUGUGCUGAAAUUGACCGCAAUGUGAAGUUAUUGCAUCGAGUUCACAUGAAUCUUGCAAAGCGCAUCAACCUUUGCAUCA